UUUCAAUUGAGUUUAUGCACAGAUCAGAUUUAGCAAGCCGUUUGAUAUUAAAAUUAUUUGUUUGAAUAAAAUUGAAUGAGCAAGUGAAGAAUGGACACGGAGGCGUGUACUUAUAUGCUCGAUGUGAUCGUCACCUAUUUGAAGACAACAGAAAUCAAGAUUGAAGAUCCCCAGAAGUUGCAAGUGGAUGUCUGCUUUGACAACAAGCCGUUGAAGAUAACAUCGAGUCGGAUUAAUGUGAAGGACUUCAAGGGCGAAUCAACCUUCGAGUUCAACAGCAAUGCCCAGAUCUUGCGGCAGAAUGUAGCAGCGUAUGGCAUGCCAGUGGUCGUUAAAUACGAAGGCAAGGUUAUCGGAUUGGGAAACAUCGGGUUUCCGCCCGUGUUCAUUGAUCGCAUCGAUGCGGACAUGAAUGACAUACUGUGUGCCAGCAGCUGCAGGCUUCAGCUGGCGGGGAAAGUUGCCGGCACAAUCGAGGUACUCUGUCGCCUCUACAUGAAAUGUACCGAUACAUCAUCUCAGGCCGCGAGAACCGGACUACAACGAAACUGCAAAGAAUAGCAUUCACCCGCAAGACAUUCUGUUCGUUAUGGGAGAUGU